GGGUGUCGCCAAGCUGGAUGGCACCAACUCGGCACAGCGUGCCUGGUGGGCGGAGCGGGCGGCCUCGAUCGAUGAGAGCUUCGUGGCGAAGGUGCAGGAGGCCCAGACGUCACAGACGAAUGUGCAGGAACUCCUUGAUCAGCACCUCUCCGAGAUGGACGCACUGACGGUGGCAAUGCCACGUGCGGAUGAUUUUCGGCUGCCCCACAUCAAGGAGCUUGUCAAGACCCCCAAGCCAAACCCUGUGCACGAGGCGACGGUGGCAUCGCCGCCCUUGCAGGCCCCGCCCGAAGCGGCUUUGCCGUCCUUUCUUCCCGAGUCCUUGGAGAGAAGGCAGAGACGGAGGAAAGCCAGGGCCAGAGCCAGAGCCCAGCCGCCUCCCACAGAGCAGGAGGCUUUCAUGGAAGAGCCCAUGGAGCCCAUGGAGCCGGUGCGCGACUGCGAGCUUGGAAACCUUUGGAGCCAAUUUGGAGCCUCCUGGGUAGAGUACAACCAGUGUGUGGUUCCCAGCGUCUUUCCACAAGAUCCGCAGGGAGAAGGAGCAGCCACCGGGGCCACUCUGGAGGCGUACCACCACACACGACAGUCGGCAUCCCUCUUCGACGUCUCUUUUAAGGUCUGCCUGGAGAUCAUGGGAAUGGACCGAGAGUUCGUCGCGGAUCAGUUUCUAACCUGCAGCCUCCGAGCGAUGCGAGUCGGUGACGUGCAAUAUGCAUGCAUCCUGGACAGCAAAGGCCUAGUCCUGGAUGACGCCUUCGUCUUUCUUCACGAGGCCUCUGUCAACAUCUUAGCUUCUGGUUGGCAUGCCAAGCAGCUGCUGGAGUAUCUUGGCCAGUAUCUGAUCUAUGUGCGGCGCUCUGGUGCCGACGUUUCUUUCGUGAGCCACAGGGGCGCCGUCCUCUCUCUGCAGGGCCCGAAAGCUCAGGAGGCACUGUUGCUGGCGCUCUCCGAUGGCUUGGAGCUCUCAACGUUCAGCGAGAAGGUCGCCUUGGCACCGCAAGUCUUGGAGGCCAUGCCCUACAUGAGCGCGCUCUCCUUAGGCAAGUCUGAGGCGAAGGCCACGGUGCUGCGGGUCGGCACCACAGGGGAGGACGGCUUCGAGAUCUUGGGACCUUCCUCUUUGUUGCACGAAGUGGCCGCGGCGCUGCUGCAGACCCCACUGGUCAGACCGGCCGGGGUCUACUGCUUGGACAUCCUUCGCAUGGAGGCGGGGCUCCCUCGCAUCGGCACGGACGUCGCAUCGGGACUCCACAGUCCCGUGCGCGCCGCGCUGUCCUGGACCCUGGACCAGGGGAAAAUGCGGAGCCACCUGAUGUUCGGCUGGCAGAAGCUUUUCUUCCAGCUGGCGAAGGGUCCGAAGUUUCGGCGGGUGGGCCUGCUGCUGGACGGCCCCGGGCACAGUGGCUGCCGACUGCUCUCCAACCCCCACCGGCAGCCGAUAGGCGUGGUCACCUCCACGGCCUGGAGCCCGCAUCUCCGGUGUCGGGUAGCGCAGGCCUACAUACGACCGGAGUAUGCAAAGGCCAACAAGCAUGUGCUUCUCACCGUGCCCUACAACCUGCCAGUGAAAAAGAUGCGGAGGAAGGCCAUCAAGCACUGGCUUCGGGCGGGUGAUCUACGCUCCGGCUAUCGGAGACUGGUGGCCGCCUGCGUGGUGCCCUUGCCCUUCGUCCCACACCGCUACCCGGAGCCCGCGCGGCAGCGAAAGGCCACCGCCCGGCUUCGGAGCCGAAGUGCGGAGGAGACCCUCCGAGGGGUCAAAGCCUCGGCGGUGGGAGAAGAAGCCUCGAGGGCGACUCCCCGAAGGAAGAGUUCCUCCACCGGCGAGCAGCUGCGGGAAGGCUACGAGCAUGCCAGUAAGGAGAGGCAGAGCGACGUAUCUGGCGUGUGGUCCUGCAAGGGCCCCCAAUGGGCCAAAGGCUUCAGGGUAGAUGGCGCAGGGGAGCAGAACCUGCGCGGGCAGAGGACAUUCCGAUUCAGGCCGACUGCCGCCACCUCCAGCAUGUCCACCAAGCCCGUCGCCAAAGGCGACGCGAUUGAGCUCAAUUUGGAGACGAUGACGGUGGAGCAAGGGCUGGAGCUGAUCGAGAAGGAGCGGGUGCAGCCCUUGCUGACCUACUUAAGGACCGGCACCUUCGAGAACAAGACUAACAUGACAUUUAUGAAGGCGUACUCGGUCGUUGUACAGUUUGGCGACCAGCAGCAGCACUCCUUCAAGCUUUAUUCUUAUUACAAGAAGGUGAUUUCGGAUUAUUGCAAGAACGGCAUGAUAGAGCUUCAGAAGCUGGCCGGUGAGGACCUGCUGCACGCGCUGGCGCAGCUGUGGGAGAAGAACACGAUCCUGGUCUUCUGGAUGCAGCGUGUCUUCCAGUAUCUGGAUCGCUUCUUCACGAAGAGCAGCACGGAGUACCCUGAUCUUUUCAAGGCUGCAGCGCAGGCCUUUUCAGAGCACGUCUUCUCCAAGCUCAAGGCGAAGUGUGUGGAGGCUCUGGUGGCGCAGGUUAACCGGGAGCGUGAUGGCGUGGAGAUCGACCAGGAGAGCCAUGCCCUUGCAAAAACGUGUAGCGAUCUCGGAUUCGGAGCCCUGGCGACCGCUGUUAGAGCCUCCAUGGACGAGGCCGAGGAUUGCGGACACCUCUACGGCUUCGGAGAUCCUGCUGCAAAGCCUUCCAAGCUCCAAGAGAUUGUGCAGCAGAGAGAGAAGGAUGUGGCCGCUGCCAAAGAGAAGCUUCCACCAGAGCAACUGGCGGAAGCAGCACAGGCCUUCGUCAAAGAGUUCGGCGCGCCGCAAUCACUGGUGGACUGCAUUGGCGAGGCCGAGAAGUCUUCUUGGUCCCUGGCCCUGGCUGCAGAGUUCAAGCGGGCAUCCCCUUCCAAGGGCGACAUCAGCCCUGACCUGGAUGCUGCCGAGCAGGCUCUGGUCUACAGUCACCAUGGUGCGAGCAUCCUCUCGGUAUUGACCGAGCCCAAGUGGUUCAAAGGCACCCUCAACGACCUCAAAGAUGUCCGAGUCAGGACGCAGGCCUGGGCCGCCAAGGAGGGAAGACGGCGGCCUGCCUGCCUGCGGAAGGACUUCUUGAUCGAUGAGUAUCAGGUCAUGGAGGCCGUCGCUCACGGUGCGGACACGGUGCUCCUCAUGGUUUCCAUCCUCUCGCAGACCAGGCUGCAGUCGCUGCUGAGCUGCUGCCGGAGCCAGGGCCUGGAACCCCUGGUGGAAGUCGUGACCGAUCGGGAGCUGGAGGUCGCGCUGCGGGCAGGGGCCAAAGUGCUGGGGGUGAACAACCGGAACCUGCACACCCUGGUCCUGGAUAAACACCGCACAGAGGCCAUCUCCCAGGAGCUGGCACGGCGGGGUGUGGCAGUUGGCACGGAGGUGAAGUUGUUGGCUCUCAGCGGCCUUUCCAGCGCCGAGGACGUGGCACACUGCAGGGAGAUCCGAUGCUCGGGGAUCCUGGUGGGCGAGGCCCUGAUGAGAGCACCGGAUCCAGGUGCCGCCAUCCUGGCCAUGAUGUCACCCAGCGAAGGCGCUGCUGCGCUGCCGGUGGCACCGGGGGCUGUACUGGUCAAAGUCUGUGGCGUUCGACGCGAGGAGGACGCUUCGUGUGCCGUCUCUGCCGGUGCCAACCUCAUCGGCGUGAUCUUCGCCAAGUCCAAACGCCAGGCCUCACAAGAGGAGGCGACAGGCCUGGUGGCCGCGGUGCGGCGCUUCGGAGAGCGCAGCGGUCGGCUGCUGCGUCAAACAGAAAGCCCAGCGACUGCAGCUGCAGCAGCGUUGGCAAAGCAAGCGGCCGCGCUGCGCUCCGCCUGUCAACGGCCUUUGGUGGUGGGUGUCUUUAUGGACCAGGCUUUAGAAGAAGUGUCCAAAACCACCACUGCAACCGACGUAGACGUGGUGCAGUUGCAUGGUGACGAGAGCCCAGACUUCGUGCGGGAACUGCGUGCGCAACUGCCAGACAGAUGGAUUAUCAAAGUCGCUCACCUUCCUCCGACUUCCAGCGGCGAGGGCGCGUCCCCGGAAGAGCUUGAGGAGUUGAGGCGAAAGUUGAUGGGCUACUGCGAAGUGUGCGACUCCAUCUUGCUUGACACCGCCGUCAAGGGCAGCAACUCGGGUGGCACCGGUGCUGCUUUUGAUUGGGCAGUGGUGCGGGUGGUGCAGGAGCAAUGGCAGAUUCCAGUGAUUGUAGCCGGCGGCCUCACCGACACGAACGUGGCGGAGUUGGUAGCGUCCGUUGGCCCUUUCGGUGUGGACGUUGCGAGUGGUGUUGAGGAUGCCCCCGGCAUCAAAAAUAGCGAGAAGACUCCGCGGUAUGUCCGUGAGGCCAAGCGGGAUGUGCUUCGCCGCCUCGUCGAGAUGCUUUGCACUGUCGGGGACGCCGGGCCCAAGGUGGUGAAACAGAAAGAGGGCGCAGACAAGAAUGCUGCGGAUCGGCUCCUCUGGCAGUCACAAGCGCGCGGAGUCUACAAGACCGACUUCGAGAGCAAGCUUCUUACGACCAGCGCAGAGUACUAUCGCUCCAAAGUGGCCGGCUGGACAGCAGCGUACUCGUGCCCUCAGUUCCUGCGCGAGAUUCAGAGGCGAUUGGAGGACGAGGAGAGUCGGCUCAGCCGAUAUCUGGACCCGUCAUCCGAGAAGGAGUUCAGCUGUAACGCGCUGUCCCCCAAACCCCAUGGUGCCGUUGGCCUCAUGGUACAUGAUCCGCUGAGCCUGUAG